GGCCCUAUAGCCACACACUGGCUGGUGGGUCCCACCUACUGAGCGUUGCCUCUUUAUGUCUACGCAAUGGCUAGACUCUGAUUUGACGCUUUGUAGCGGUUCAGACACCUCUCACAGAAUCAAAACAACGUUACGAGGCGUCUACGUUACUGGAAAGAUUUCAAACAUCAUGCCUGUGGCAGCCACCGGCACAGAGCAUGCAGUGCCGCAGGUGCUGGACACACUGAGUGACAGCACCAGCUCCACCACUGCCAAUGACCUGGACCUCAUCUUCCUCAAGGGCAUCAUGGAGAGCCCGGUGAGUGCAGAGAGUCUGGAGGAGACACGACUGGAGGCCGUGAGGGACAAUAAUGUGGAGCUGGUGCAGGACAUCCUGAGAGAGCUGAGCCCCUUCACACACCGCAGCAACACCGCCGCAGAGCUGUCACGCAUACUCAACCAGCCGCACUUCCAGUCUCUGUUGGAGACGCACGACUCUGUGGCCUCUCAGACAUGUGAGACUCCGCCCUCGAGCCCCUGUGCUUUCAUGGAGCCGCCCAUCAACAGUGUACCGGUGCCAGCUGAUGCCAUCCGCAUGGUGGGCAUCCGCAAAGUGGCUGGAGAGCAUUUGGGUGUGACGUUCCGUAUUGAGAACGGAGAGCUGGUGAUCGCCCGCAUUCUCCACGGGGGGAUGAUCGACCAGCAGGGUCUGCUCCACGCAGGUGACAUCAUCAAAGAGGUGAACGGGCGAGAGGUGGGUGACGACCCUCGUGUGCUGCAGGAGAUGCUGCAGGAGGCCAGCGGCAGUGUGGUGCUCAAGAUCCUUCCCAGCUACCAGGAGCCGCAUCCCCCCAGACAGGUUUUUGUGAAGUGCCAUUGUGAUUAUGACCCUGCCAAUGACAACCUGAUCCCAUGCAAGGAGGCGGGACUACAGUUCUCAAGUGGAGACAUUCUGCAGAUUGUUAACCAGGAAGAUGUGAACUGGUGGCAGGCCCGUCAUGUAGAGGGAGGCAGUGCUGGUCUGAUUCCCAGUCAACUUCUGGAGGAGAAGAGGAAAGCUUUUGUGAAGAAAGAUGUUGACCUUUCACCAGCAGCCAAUCUCUGCACUGGAAUGGUUGGCAAGAAGAAGAAGAAAAUGAUGUAUCUAACUACAAAAAAUGCAGAUUUUGACAGGCACGAGUUACUGAUCUAUGAGGAGGUGGCAAAAGUCCCACCUUUUCGCAGGAAGACGCUGGUUCUGAUUGGUGCACCAGGAGUGGGACGACGAAGUCUGAAGAAUAAGUUGCUAGUGUCAGACCCUCAGCACUAUGGCACCACCGUCCCCUACACGUCUAGGAAGCCCAAAUCAGCAGACAGAGAUAAUAUGAUGUAUGCCUUCACAUCCCGGAGUAAGAUGGAAGCUGAUAUUAAAGCUGGCCACUAUCUUGAACACGGUGAAUAUGACGGUAACCUCUACGGCACCAAGAAUGACUCCAUCCAUGAAGUAGUGGAGGCUGGACGUAUCUGUAUCCUGGACGUCAGCCCACAGGCCCUAAAAGUCCUCAGGACAUCAGAGUUUUUGCCUUAUGUGGUGUUCAUCAAAGCCCCAGAGUUUGAGGUGCUGAAGGCCAUGAACAGAUCUGGGGUGGAGGCUGGAGUGACCAAACACCGACCAGACGCAGAACUGAAGAGGACGGUGGAUGAGAGCGCCAAGAUUCAGAGAGUGUACGGACACUACUUCGACCUCACCAUAGUAAAUGACGAUUUGGAACAAGCAUACAGGAUGCUCAAAUCCUCCUUAGAGAAGUUAAAGGGAGCUCAGCAGUGGGUUCCGGUUGGGUGGGUGUUUUAGAGCUCAGUACAGCAACUAGUGGAUGAUUCAUGUGACACUUUAUACCAGUGUUAACUGGUUUACAUCAUCAACCUCGUGCCAGGGGUGUACACUGAUCAGAGAGCUUAUAUGUGUGUGUGUGUGUGUGUGUGUGUGUGUGUGUGUGUGUGUGUGUGUGUGUGUGUGUGAAAUCACCAUCUACCCUUUACAAAAACCGUGACAUUGAACUAGUCUCAUCUUUUUGUUUACAGUAAACAUUAAAGUUUCAGUUCAGAUGUUUUUUUUAAAUUUGAGAUAUUUUUUAAUUUUACACAAAAUAUCUGAACAUCCUUUAACAAUUAAGUUAAAAAGAGUAAUCUCUCAAAGAAAAUGAUACAUUUAUUUCAGAAGCAAAACUGUUAGACAAGACUAUAUUUUGCAGAAUAUAUCUUGAAUUUACAAUUUAUAAUGAAGGUUUUUUUUGUUUUUGUUUUUUUAACGUAACCUUUUCAAAAGGUUGCUAGAUUUAUUGGGUUAAAACAAACAAACAACAACAACAAAAGAUCAAACUUGUACUACUGUUUGGGGUCAGUUUUAUUUUAAUAAAUUAAUACUUGAAUAAUUGAUUAAAAGUGACAGUAAAGACAUUUAUAUGUUACAAAAGAUUUCUAUUAAAAUAAAAGCUGUACUUUUGAACUCUCUAAACCCCGAAAACUGUAUCAUGAUUUCCA